AAAAACGCAACCACACUAAACUCAACUGUCCGGAAAACACCGACGGAAUUGGUCGUAGAAAGGAAGGAAGAGCAAUUAAAAAUUUUAAAACCCUAAAAAGCCACUUGAUAAAAAAACGCAACCACAUUAAACAUUAAACUCAAUUGGUCGUAGAAAGGAAGGAAGAUCGCUAGAAACAGUGAGAGAGUCCACCUUUUCCUUCUCAUUUUGUCUCCCCUGAGCUUCUAUAUAAAGAAAGAAGAAGCGUCAUUGUAUUUUUGCUGAAAGGAUUGCCAGAAAGCAACCAUGGAUGUUGAUUCGCAGCCAACUAUGGAGGAAACUAUUUUGGUUGGUGAUGAUCUGAUGAUGGGCCCUCCAUCACCUGUAGUACCACCAGAAAUAGCCUCCCAUGUUCUCGAAGGUGUUGAUCUAUGUGAUGGAAUUCUGAGGAAUCUAUUUUUGUGCUUGCAAAUCAAUGACAUUGAACCAUUCUGUCAAGACGAGAUUGCUCUGUAUAAACAAUGUGGUGAAAGAAGGGAUAAGGAGAUAAGGAAGCGACUUCAAAUGAGUGAAUUCAAAUUGGGUUCAUCAAUGCCUUUAGAUGCAGCCAAGGAGAGGUCUGCUCAACUUGAGGCAGAAGUUACAUCGUUAGAGAGGCGCUUGAUUCUUGCAAGUGGAGUUGAAGGCAUUGAAGGUUUCCGCCAAAGGUGGAGCUUGCACGGCCGUCUUACUGAUUCCAAAAAAAGGUUGGAGUCCUUAAAGCAAGGCUUGGAUGGAAGAAAAUGAAUCCUUAUGGGAAACAACUACCAAAAUUUGGUUCUUGAGGGGAAGUUUGAACCUGCACAAUGCUGUGCUCCCCUCCCACUUUUUGUUUUAUAAACUACAGUAAUUUUUAUAACUUUACCUUCAUUUUUAUGAUAUACUAUGUAAUAGUAUGUAUUAGUGUUAUCGUCAAUAAAAAAGAAUGUAUUAGAGUCAUCUUAUGUUCUUUUUGUUUUUGAACCAAAGUCAUCUUGAUCUUGUAUUAAAAGAUGGACUCAUCUUAAGAACUACUUAUUUGAAAUGUGAAUUAAGUAAUAUUAAUUAAUAAUAAAUUAAUAGUUGAUAUUACAUCAACAUGCAUAACAAA